CUAUACACUACUUCUGUCAAGGCUUACCUACUGGUACACCGGCAACUUUAAUAUUGCACAUAUUCCAGCUGUCGGUGGGCAAUUGCCAAGGCAAAACGUUUCAAAGCCGCAGGUAGCAAAUUUACUGUAUUCUUUGUCCGUAAGCCUACAAGCACUGCACAGUAGGCGUAGUCAAGCAGGCUGCCAACGCGGUCCAUUAUUCGGGCUGGUCUUCAUCACGCAAGGGUCCUUGCGUAAUUUCGCAAACUACUCUAGCUAACGACAAUGGGUUGCACCGCGUCCUCCCCAGCAGCCACCUGCCCGGCGUCGGCAUGCCCGGCAGCAGCCGGUUCCAAGUGCCCCAAAAGCGGAGCCUCCCUUUUCGAGAGGCUGGGUGGGUCGGCCGCAGUUGAUGCCGCUGUUGAUAUCUUCUACCAGAAGAUCAUGGCUGACUCCCAGCUGGCACCCUUCUUUGAGGGCAUCGAUAUGGACCGUCAAAGGAAGAAGCAGGCCAACUUCCUGACCUUUGCCUUCGGCGGGUCGUCAACCUACGGGGGCAAGAACCUUUUCGCCGCCCACAAGAAGCUGAUUGAGGAGAAGGGGCUCAACGAGUCCCACUUCGACCUCGUGGCGGGGCAUCUGGUGGCUACCCUGCGCCAGCUGAAGGUGGCUGAGGACCUGGUCAGCGAGGUUGUCGCAAUCGUUGGGCCCACCAAGAACGCCAUCUUUGGCAAGGAGGAGAAGACCCUGUUUGAGAAGCUGGGCGGCGCCGCGGCCGUUGAGGCGGCGGUCGACAUCUUCUACCAGAAGAUCAUGGCCGACAAGGAGCUGGCACCCUUCUUUGACGGCAUUGACAUGAAGCGCCAACGCAAGAAGCAGGCCGACUUCCUGACCUUCGCCUUCGGCGGCUCAAAGACGUACAGCGGCAAGACGCUGGCUGCGUCCCACAAGAAGCUGAUUGAGGAGCAGGGCCUCAAUGAGCGGCACUUCGACCUCGUGGCGGGGCACCUGGUGGCUACCCUGCGCCAGCUGGGCGUGUCCGAGGAGCUGAUCAAUGAGGUGGUGGCCGUGGUGGGGCCAACCAAGGCGGCCAUUUUCGCCAAGGAGCCUACCCUGUUUGAAAAGCUGGGCGGCCAGCCGGCGGUGGACGCAGCUGUCGACAUUUUCUACAACAAGAUCAUGGCCGACAAGGAGCUGGCGCCCUUCUUCGAUGGCAUUGACAUGAAGCGCCAACGCAAGAAGCAGGCCGACUUCCUGACCUUUGCGUUCGGCGGCUCGAAGACGUACAGCGGCAAGACGCUGGCUGCGUCUCACAAGAAGCUCAUUGAGGAGAAAGGCCUGAACGAGCGGCACUUUGACCUCGUGGCGGGGCACCUGGUCUCCACGCUGCAGGACCUGAAAGUGGCUGAGAACCUGAUCAACGAGGUGGUGGCGGUUGUGGGGCCAACCAAGGAGGCCAUCUUCGGCAAGGAGCCCACCCUGUUCGAGAAGCUGGGCGGCGCCGCCGCCGUUGAGGGGGCGGUUGACAUCUUCUACCAGAGGAUCAUGGCCGACAAGCAGCUGGCGCCCUUCUUUGAGGGCAUCGACAUGAAGCGCCAGCGCAAGAAGCAGGGCGACUUCCUGACCUACGCCUUCGGCGGCUCGAAGACGUACGCUGGCAACACACUGUACGCGUCCCACAAGAAGCUGAUUGAGGAGAAGGGCCUGAACGAGUCUCACUUCGACCUCGUGGCGGGGCACCUGGUGGCUACCCUGCGCCAGCUGGGCGUGUCCGAGGAGCUGAUCAACGAGGUGGUGGCGAUUGUGGGGCCAACCAAGGAGGCCAUCUUCAAGGAGCCCACCCUGUUUGAGAAGCUGGGCGGCCAGCCAGCGGUUGACGCAGCUGUCGACAUUUUCUACAACAAGAUCAUGGCUGACAAGCAGCUGGCGCCCUUCUUUGAGGGCAUCGACAUGCAGCGCCAGCGCAAGAAGCAGGCCGACUUCAUGACCUUCGCGUUCGGCGGCUCGAAAACCUACGGCGGCAAGGCGUUGUAUGCUGCCCACAAGAAGCUGAUUGAGGAGAAGGGGCUCAACGAGUCCCACUUCGACCUCGUGGCGGGGCACCUGGUCACCACCCUGCAGGAGCUGGGUGUCGCCGAGGCCCUGAUCAACGAUGUGGUUGCCGUAGUGCUCCCGACCAAGGACGCCAUCUUUGGCGGGCGCUGCUAAAUAACUCGGAGGAGCUUUAAAUAUUCCGUAUGCAUACUGCUUCUGUUUAAACGCGCAUAGCUACCUGCGAGAGCCCUGCCGUUGUGGGCCUUCCCGUGUAGAGGCAAAGCAGGAUAGCACCCUACCUACCUAUCGAACACUUGCGCUCGAUUCGGUUGCUUCAUAACACGUGAUACUAUGUUACGCCUGCAAUGUGUUGCUCGUGACCAAGCCAUGUUAAUGUCUAAUAUCAUUUUUGUGGCAUGGGUCGCACCAGCGGCCCUGACGUUGUUACCGUAGCGUAUAUGUUGACCUGUUGCAAGAUGACCUUGUGUGCUAGGUUAUUGACCUCUUUAAUACCGGUAUAAAGACGGUUGAAGUUGUGGACGAGGGUGUAGCCAACGCUCUUGACAAUUGACUAAACUGUUGCCUUCAAGUUGUGCAUUGGGUGAUCCUUGCCGGGUGUUGUCAUGUAACCCACCCUGCACAGUUUUUCACGGCGGAUUUAUGGAAUAGUUGAUGCGUACGAGCGAGAUAUGCUUACAGCCGUACAAUGUGCACGCGGUAGCCUUUCUUCGAUGUCGACAGUUAUGUGUACCUGUGAGAAAUGCAUGCGGGUGACUAAUAUGCGCGCAAUUUAAGUAUCCAGGCUUCUAUGUUGUGAACUAGACUAAUGGGUUGUUCGAUGCUGUGACGAUCAUGACUUGCUUGUAGUCUUCCACAGCCCCUGCUAUUCGUCCUUCUCUGCUUACAACGCCCACGCGUUGUACCACGUCUGUAAUGCUUUAAGGAGCAUGCCAUG